ACUCUAGUAACUUUUCCAUAGUACUAUUAUAAUCCCUUUUCAACUUUUUUUGUACAUACACACACUCAUCAUCAUAAUAUUUCAUCAUGCUGGAAGAAAUCAAGUCCGUUACUGCUUUCUUUUCAAAAUGGUUAAGCGACAAGUUUGACCAAAAGGUAGUGAAUGAAUUUAAGAAUGCCUUGGAAAGCGAAUUAUUGGUUCGCUUCAAAGGACAUUGGUAUCCUUCCGAUCCACAAAGAGGCCAAGCUUUCCGAUCAAUUUUAAUUGAUGGAGUUCAAACUGAUCCUCUAUUGAUGGAUAUUGCCUCUAGGUUGGGCAUUAAUCUCAACGAUUUUGAAAAUUGUCUACCAAGAAAUUGCGUUGUUUUUAUUGAUCCUUAUAGAGCAGUCUGCAAAGACCUCGAGACUGGUAGAGGAAACUCAUAUCAUGUUAUUUAUCAGGGAAAACCUGAAGCUAACAAUGAUCUCUCUAAAACACUUUUACAACAAAAGGAGAUACCCAAAGGUGUUUUAAUAGUUUCAUCAUCCAACUAACCCUUGACAGGUGUCAAUUCUUGCCAAGUUUCCUAACCGUUUAUCUCUUUUUACUAAGUUAUUUCCCUCCCUAUAAUUCUUUUCCCACAUUGUGAAUAAUGUACAAUAAAUUUAGUCACAAAUGAUAUCUAUUUAGAUAUCAAUUAUUUAUCUAGA